AAUGACGAGAGCAGGAGCGACAUCAAGAAAAAGGGACUUCUUUACAACGUCAACGGAGGCAAGAAAAUGAGCAUGAUCAUGAUUGCAAAGAACCCACCACUGUUGACUGCUUCUAAGAUCAUGAUCAAACCAAAACUUCUUAGGAAAAAAGUUAGUUUUAACACUAAGUUCUUGGAGUUCUUGUUCUUGUACGCCCACGCGAUUGCUUUGUACACUAAGUUUUGAGAAACACGCGAUUGCUUUGUUCAUAAUUUCGAUUUGUUUGACUCGGGCGGAACAAAUUGAAGAGUUUAUAUAUUUAUAAAUGUUGAAAAUACGUUCUCCAGGAGCUUGUGUCUUGUUGGCCACCCGUUCAGGAACCGCUAAAAGCAUGUCCUCUGCAGCACCUUCAGCACCCGCUUCAUCAUCAACCUCCUUCGUUUUUCUGCCUGACGAAGAGUCUGCUGCACGACAGAGGGACUCAGGGAUAAACAACGUGGAUGAAUGGCUGCGGGGAUCGAUUGCGUCGUUGGAUUCCUGGUUGAAGAAGACGACACAGGAACUGCGAGACGGUGCUUUGCAACGAAAGAGCGUUAGGAGUAGCGAGAUUGAUCACGAUCUGGGGAAGAAAGUUGCGACGCUAGAGGCAGCACAUGCGCGAAAGGUCGAAGCUUUGAGGAAAACGCUGGAAGAAAGGGGGAGAGCGUAUUUGGGAGAGGGGUUCCGACUCAAAAUUCCAGCAGUGGCGAAACAAGAACAAGAAGUAGAUGCAAAAAAUGAUGAUCAGGCUGUGAAUCCACCAGGAGGAGGAGCUACUCCGUCCCCUAGUAGAGGUACAACAUCAAAACCUGAUAGAGUUGUGGAUGGAAGAGGAGGGUCACCUUCUUCAUCUUCCUCCUCCUCACCUUUAAAAAGAGCAGUAGACGCAAAGCCUCCGAUCGACAAUCAAGUCGUGGACAAAUUUCUCUCCGCUUUGCACGCACUUCUGACGGACGAGAAAAAGGCUCUCACGGUUGGUCACAGCCUCUUCUCCUCUUUCGGAAACGGCAUAUCACUACGACAGCCGAGUAUCGAGGAACACCAACAAGGGGCUUGUGCUACUUCAAUCGUCUCAGUACUUAGGAAGUUCUUCAGCGAUGUUUUGCAGAGUUGUUGCACCAUGCUACUAUCAUCUUCCUCCAGCAAGAACUCCAUGAUCCAAGAACAACAAGUGAUUGCCCCAAUAGAAGACGUCAUCUCCUGUCAUCUAGAGUCUAUCCGCAGAGUUCUGAGGCCUACAUUUGAGGCUGCUGCGAGAGAUCCACAUCUGACCACAGAGGAGCUCGUGAAUACUUUUCCGGAAAAGACAAGCUCAAGCUCAACAUCUUUGUCAUGGUCUCAAUUCCGCAGCUUUUGGAGGAAUGUGGUCCACGCUGUGUACAUGGACCUGAAUCGAAGACGGAUGAUGGAGAUUCGAGGACACGAGGCAGUUGAUGCUGGUGACGACGCAACUACAAAGAGGAAGACUUUGGAGCAGACGAGUGACCGAAACGUCAAGAAGGAAACGGCAAGUGGACAACCACCAGAACCGCUUGCACUGUCCUUGCCGACGAAAGAAGUACGGGAACAGUCUCCACCAAAAAAGACAUCGUCCCCUCCACCAUCUGGAGGUGGAGCUAAUGCUAAUGCUAUCUCAGCCGCCGAAUUAGAAGCGAGUAUCAUUUUGCUGGAUGAGCUAAGUCCAAUCGCAAGGGUUCCUGAUCAAACUGCUAGUGCUAGUAGUACAAUUAGUGCGAAUAGUACCAGUGCUAAUGUUCUUCCUGAUCCUGUGGCAGCGGCAGCAAAAGCGACGAAGAAAAGACUCCUGUCUCGAAGUCCAACAUUCAGUACUUCUACAUCAUCUGCAGUCUCCUUGCCGCCAGAUGGCGGAGUUGCAGCGACUGCGACGAGUAGCAGCAUUGCGCCAGUCAUAGCGGUCGAGCCCAGCAUGCCAGCAUCAUCGUCUUUAACUUCAUCAAGAACAAAACCAGCGAAGUUGUAUGAAUCAGGACCACCAGCAAAGCCUGUUGUAGGUCUAGGUCUGUCGAGUGAAGAUUCACCAAUCAAAGAGGCGCUUGCGUCUUCUUCAUCUUCACGGAUCAUCUUAGAAGCGAGAGCGACAAAUGCACUGCCUCCUUCUCGAAUAUUAGCGAUGAGUAAACAGGACCCGACUAGUACUAGUAGCACACCGAGUAGUCCUAGUCGGGGCGCACAGAAAAGCCCCAAGUUAGCUGGUUCUUCCGCUGUGAGGAAAAUACCAAAAAGUUCAUCAACCUCAGACGUUACUUUGCUCGAUAAGAUACGAGAAUUACAGCAGGUGCGCGAGGCUUUCUUUCAGAAAGACGAGCUUGUAGUUGGGAAGGGAGACGGUAAAUUAGUAACUGUCGUGAUAGACAUUUUGUUCUUCAUAGACAUUUUAAAAAUUUCCUAGGCCCUCCUCUCGCAUCGUAACAAGAACAAGAACAUACUUAUUCGAAGACUUAAAAUUAAUGGAAGUAAGUUUAAGACUACAUUACUUAGCUCUCUAAGUUAGUAGCUCUCUUAGAUCACUUUACUCUGGUACUUCAGUUUAUCGAAUAAAAAUCAAGAACCAAAACAACUACAGGCACUAGAAGUACCAGAGAUCCUCGUCAAGCGCCAGCACCAGACGACUCCCCAGUGCCAAGAUUCGGAUUGCCUGAGCGACAAACUGAAAAAACUGCGCAGUCCUCCUCAGCAAGAAGUACGCCAGCCGCUGGCGCUGCACCAGCAAUUGUUCCUGUAAAACGGAUUUUAGGUGCUGGUACAACAAGUGGAGCAAGCACUCCACUCCAAUACAUCAACAACAACGACAUCCGAGAAGUAGAGAAGAACAAGAAGGAAGACCUGAAAGCGAAAUUCUCAAACCAAGGAACCCUGUUCCUUGGAAGUAAUCUCGAUGAGACAGAGAUGACCAUCAAAAGGCAGUGGGAAGAGCUUGAUCACCUUCUCUUUGGUGUUAACGCUCCUGUACAACUCGGUGCAGAUAGAAGAAGGCAGCAAAUAAGUUGUAGAGACCUCCAGAGGACUCAAGAAAAGAAGAAAAAUCCACCUGAUAAAACUUUAAUGUCAAUAUCCACCCUUACUGGCACCGCGAACGCUACUUCUACUACCUCUACCAGCAACACUGCUAAGAAGAAAAAAGCCAAUACGACCUCAACCUCUUGUCCUCUACGCAGAAAUUCGUCAAUCCAGUCUCCGCCAUCAUCUCCUCUAUCGAAGUCAAGACAGGAUUGGGACCGCGAUUUGGAGGACUUUCAAUUAUCACCAGAAGCUCUAGUCGAUGUAGAAAAAGAGAUAGCACAGAGGCACGCGGAGGUCAAGAAAGUGGGAGAAAAUCGAGCGGAAGAUUUGUUUUAUGGGAGCAGUCUGAUGAAGGAGCAAGUAGCUAGAAGUAGCGUUUUGACUUUAUUGAUGGUUCUGGGUGAAUGGUGCCUCUAGUUGUACUCUACUAGUUGUAUUAUUUUACCCUGAAGCGAUCUCUACCAAAAUUUGUAGCACUCUAGUUGUAUUUUACCCUGAAGCGAUGUCUACCGUUUUGAUCUACUGCAUGGUUCUACCUUUUCUGCAGUUUCAGCUACUAUCUGAUUUGAUUAUCCCCGUCCGGUCCUAUAAGAUGCUAAUAUAUUUAAUAUAUAAUUCUUGUUCCUCUUCGCCAUGAUCGGAUGAUUGAUCCCUUUUUUAAUCUUCUGAAGCAACAUCGACAGCGAAGAAAAAGCUGGCGCAACGUUUGCUCCUUGAUAUUGAGAAAGAGUGGGAAAACGAGGUGCUGAGAAAGCGGGAUGCAGACGUGGACAUCUCCUUCUAUCGCAGUCCUACGGAUGACGGGGAGAUGGAAGAUGAUGAUGAACAAAUAGUUGAUCUCUAA